AUGAACCUAAAGAAAACAAUCGAAGACCAUUGGCAGGCAUCGGAAGAUAAUAACAUUGAAGCCGAACACGCCAUCUAUGCCGUAGAUGCGAUACCCGACUACCCACAAUCAGGGGAGCGCUUCAAAGGCCGUGCGACCAUCUCUGCGCAACGUGGGGGACACCCAGCUGACCGACACUUUACGGUACUACGAAUCUCAGGCGACGGCCAUCUAUGGGUGAGCGAAUGCAUCAUAACCUACGACGGAGAGCCAACAUAUUCAAUCUCCAUUAUGCAAUUCGAUGGGGAGCUGGUGGCUCACGAGACGCAAUAUUUCGCUGGUAAAUUUGGUGCGGCUCCGUCGAGGGCAGCACUUGCUGAGCCUAUGCCUGGCAGAAAUAUUGAACGGGCAUGA